CAAUGCAGCAAGUGUUGGAUAACCUUACGGAGCUGCCCUCAUCUACGGGAGCAGAAGAAAUAGACCUAAUUUUCCUCAAGGGGAUUAUGGAGAAUCCUAUUGUAAAAUCACUUGCUAAGGCUCAUGAGAGGCUAGAAGAUUCAAAACUAGAAGCUGUCAGCGACAAUAACUUGGAAUUAGUCAAUGAAAUUCUUGAAGACAUCACUCCUCUAGUCCCUGUGGAUGAAAAUGUGGCAGAACUGGUUGGAAUCCUCAAAGAGCCUCACUUCCAGUCACUCCUGGAGGCCCAUGAUAUUGUGGCAUCAAAGUGUUAUGAUUCACCUCCUUCAAGCCCGGUGAAUAAUUCUGUCAAUAAUCAGUUAUUACCAGUAGAUGCCAUUCGUAUUCUUGGCAUUCACAAAAGAGCUGGGAACCAUUGGUGAGGUGUAACAUUUAGGGUUGAAAAUAAUGAUCUGGUAAUUGCCCGAAUCCUUCACGGAGGCAUGAUAGAUCGACAAGGUCUGCUUCAUGUGGGAGAUAUCAUUAAAGAAGUCAAUGGUCAUGAGGUUGGAAACAAUCCAAAGGAAUUACAAGAAUUACUGAAAAAUAUUAGUGGAAGUGUCACCCCUAAAAUUUUACCAAGCUAUAGAGACACCAUUAUUCACAACAGUUGCAUCAAUAUGGAGAGGCAUCCAGCACACAUCCAUCAGGUAUUUGUGAAAUGUCAUUUUGAUUAUAAUCCGUACAAUGAUAACCUGAUACCUUGCAAAGAAGCAGGAUUGAAGUUUUCAAAAGGAGAAAUUCUUCAGAUCGUAAACAGAGAAGAUCCAAACUGGUGGCAGGCUAGCCAUGUAAAAGAGGGAGGAAGCGCUGGUCUCAUUCCAAGCCAGUUCCUGGAAGAGAAGAGAAAGGCAUUUGUUAGAAGAGACUGGGACAAUUCAGGACCUUUCUGUGGAACCAUAAGUAGCAAAAAAAAGAAAAAGAUGAUGUAUCUCACAACCAGAAAUGCAGAAUUUGAUCGUCAUGAAAUACAAAUAUAUGAGGAGGUAGCCAAAAUGCCUCCCUUCCAGAGAAAGACAUUAGUAUUGAUAGGAGCUCAAGGUGUGGGACGAAGGAGCUUGAAAAACAGGUUCAUAGUGUUGAAUCCCACUAGAUUUGGAACUACAGUGCCAUUUACUUCACGGAAACCAAGGGAAGAUGAAAAAGAUGGUCAGGCAUAUAAAUUCAUGUCACGAUCUGAGAUGGAAGCAGAUAUUAAAGCUGGAAAAUAUUUGGAACAUGGAGAAUAUGAAGGAAAUCUCUAUGGUACCAAGAUUGAUUCUAUUCUUGAAGUUGUCCAAACUGGACGGACUUGCAUUUUGGAUGUCAACCCUCAAGCCCUGAAAGUACUGAGGACAUCUGAGUUCAUGCCCUACGUUGUAUUUAUUGCUGCUCCGGAACUAGAGACGUUACGUGCCAUGCACAAGGCUGUGGUGGAUGCUGGCAUCACGACCAAGCUUCUGACGGACUCUGACUUGAAGAAAACAGUGGAUGAAAGUGCACGAAUUCAAAGAGCAUACAACCACUAUUUUGAUUUGAUCAUCGUAAACGACAAUCUGGACAAAGCCUUUGAGAAACUACAAACUGCCAUAGAGAAACUGAGAAUGGAGCCACAGUGGGUCCCCAUCAGCUGGGUCUACUGAUGAUUCAAUAAGGUUCACAAUUAAAAUACAACUUUUAAAAAGUGACUGCAACAAAUAAACCUUUUACUGAGAAAA